AUUUUAUCAAUGAGAAAGGCCUAGAAGAAAUAUAUUCCUUUUCACUUUACAGCCCUCUAAAUAUUCCAAGAGGAUUUAUCUAUUGCUCUUAACCAAAGACUUUUCCUUCAGCACUAUAAGAACCAACAAAGCCACAAAAUUCUUCCAGGAAAGUUUAGGUGUUUUUGCUUUAGCCUGGAAUGACUAGUUGUAUGAAGCUUGAAGUUCACACAGAAGAUCAUACUCCCCAUAAAUGGUGUGUUGCCUUAGGUGAAGAUGUGUUCAAAAAAUUCCUCUCCCAAGGAAGUUCAGUUGUGCAUAAGGUAUUUGGUGAUGGCUCUCUGUUCAGUCCGUUGUUGUUCGGAAAAUUUUUCGACCCUUCUGAUGCUUUUCCUCUCUGGGAAUUUGAGUCAGAUAUCUUACUGUCUCAUCUCCGGAGCUCCGGCCAGACUGCCGUCGAUUGGUUUCAGGCUGACCAAACUUAUGUACUCAAAGCAGAACUACCAGGAGUUGGGAAGAGUCAUCGAGUGUUUGUGGAAAAUGGGAAGAUUGUGGAGAUAAGUGGGCAAUAUAAGCAGCAAAGAGAGGGCCAGGCAAAGGACUGGAGAAGUGAAAAUUGGUGGGAAUAUGGCUAUGUGAGGAGGCUUGAGCUCCCAGAAGAUGCAGAUUGGAGAAAAUUAGAAGCUUAUGUGAGUAAUGAGGCUCUUCUAGAAAUCAGAAUCCCUAGGAAGCCUUCAGGUUCUGAUAUUUCCCCACCAAAAAAUUCUGAAGCCAUGUAAUAUAAACUUGUCAGACGGCUGAUACAAUACUUGAUUUCAAGUUUUCCACAAUGGAAUCCUUUGUUUGAUUAGUAUAUAUAGACUAUGUAUAAAUCUAUAUUUACAUCA